UGAUCAUGAUGAAGAGGAAAAAUUUUCUUCAGAAGUGAAACAAAAAUCCAAAUGGAUAAGCAAAAGAACAAUGCAAGAAUCACCAAAUGAAUCAGAUAAUCGUACGGUUUGUUGUUUCUGUAACUGUUGCAAUUGUUGUUCACAACAUUACCAUCAUUCAAAUGCCAUUUCAUCAACGAAAACGGAUAAAAUGUUUGAUGAUAAUUCAACGACAUCCGGUUCAAUGAGUGGCCAAACUUUGGCAAAAAUUUUCCUGCCAGACACCACACAAUUGAAUAACAUGCCAGCAUUGUAUAUCGGCGAAGGAAUUCUCAUUGCCAUUCAGCCUUCAAUUGCUCUACUAUGGCUUAUGCUAUUUGUCAUAUUAAUGCAUAAAAUGGCCAAUGGAUUAGCAAUGGCAAAUGAAUUACAUUAUCGUACAACUGGCCGUCAGCGAAAUCUACCAAGUUCAACGAUUUUUAUGUUUACCUCAUUACCUUCACUUGGUUGUUUAUCUGUGAUAGUUGCCAACAUUUUGAUUUAUUGGAAAAUCAAUUUAGAUUUUGCUACUGCAUCAUUCAGCAAAAUGAAUCAACAACAGCAUCAUCAAUCGAAUCACACAACAAUAGCAUUGCCACUUGAAUUAGUCAUUCUCAAAGUGAUACUUGUUUCACUAUCAGCUGCAACAUUAUUACAUUUGAUCAUGUUGACCAUACAGCAACGACAUCAUACUUAUUUGUUAUCAACAUCGUCAAUGAAUAAUACUAAGAAUAAUAGCAACUCAAUGGUUCAUUCAUCAUCUAUGAAAAUUGAUAAUCAAAAAUCAAAAAAACAAUCGGUCAAUGACGGAAAAGAAUAUCGUAAACGAAAAUUUAACCGUAAACAGCCAACAAUCAAAUCGACUCCUUCAUAUUCAUCAAAUUCACAUAAUAGCCGAAUAUUUCAAAAUUCAACACCAUUCAUAGGGCCAACCUCGAUUAUAACAACAUUAUCCAGACAGCAGCAAACACUUUUAUCAAUGACAAUAUCAUCGACAGCAUCCACAUCUGAAUCGAAAAGUGGUAUUAUUACUAAUAAUAAUAAUAACAAUAACAAUGAUAAUAUGCCCAUAUCGAUAGAUGACCAAAAUGUAACCAAUACAUCGAUGAAGACGAUGGUGGUUGAUCAUGAGAAUGGAAUAAACAAUGAUAACAUGCCGCUAAUAACUGUACACAGGAAUAAUGUUUUACAUUAUUUCAUCAUGUAUUCCGGUUUUAUCGUCAUAUUGAUGGCAAUCGCAUUUUUAAAUUUCAAAAAU